AUGAAGAGGAUGCAAGAGCCCUAUGAGAAGUCCAAGAAGGCGAAGAAGGAAAAGUUGGGAGAAACUUCUGGGUCAAGACCUCCAGUCCCUCUGGCUGACUCUCCAAGCAAGUCUAUACCUCCUUCCCGCUCUGUAAAACUUAAGCCUAUUUCUUCGUCUCUUCCCCAAACAACUCCCAUCUACACCUCAUCCGAAACACCCCCGUCAACCACCAGAACCUUUAACCCACCAUCUCUCAAAUUUAACCUUGCAACCACUACAUUACCCGUUUUUGAAGCAGAAAUGCUGAAUGAAACUACCUCACCAUCUUCAUCCUCACCUUUAUCCCCACCAUACUAUAUUCUUUCAUCUGACAAUGAACCUUCUGACCCCCAAUCCCCCACUCUAGCUCAUCUUCAAGCUCGUGCUUUGGCCUCUCAACAACCAUCACAAACUGAACCUGAACCUGAACCUGAAGUCACUUCCCCACCCCUUGCACAACAAAAUCCACCUCCAUCUGAUCAACCUCAAACACCACCACCUGCACAACCUAAUCCACCUCCUGAACAACCAACACCCUCACCAUUUGAACCUCAACCAAAUCCUCAACCCGGAAAAACAACACCAUCUCCCUCUGAUAUUCCCACACCAUAA